UAAACGUGUAACACGCAUGAAAUUUCAAACAACUAACACUAACUUAGAAGACGCCUGGAAUGUCGUCGGAGAAGUUGACGGUGGCGUGUGUUUUGGCGGUGUAUGUCGCCUCUGCUCCGCGCGCUGUGCCUGGUGGAGACUCGGGAGAGCUGAUCACUGCUGCUUGUGAGCUGGGGGUGGCCCAUCCUCCAGGAUACCCACUCUUCACCAUGUUGUCCUCUCUGAUGCUCUCGCUGCUGCCUCUCAGCUCUCCGGCACGCAGUAUCAGUGUCCUGUGCGCCUUUGGGGCCGGGGCCAGUGGAGCCCUCUGCUUCACUGUCUGCAGGGUGGCUGGUCCCAGUCCAGGGGCCGUCCUGGCAGGUGGAGUUUUUGCUGUGUCCAGGCUGGUAUGGCAGUGGUCGGUCGUGGCUGAAGUCUUUUCUCUUCACAACUUGUUUGUGGGUGUCCUUUUCUCACUCUCGGCCUGCUUCCACUGUGCAGAGAGUGUUCAUCACAAGAAGAAGUUUGCUCUGUGGGGGGCGCUCUUCUGUGGGCUGAGCCUGUGUAAUCAGCACACACUGGUCUUGUAUGUUGUCAUCAUAAUUCCCUGGGCCCUCCUGCACCUCUACACACAUAAUGGUUUGUCCUUCUUUGGUCUGGUGUCUUUGGGGACGUGCUUUCUGGCUGGCUUUGUGCCCUACGUCUACUUGCCCAUUUCCUCCUACCUCAACAGAGCUCGCUGGAGCUGGGGAGACCAGACGUCUCUCCAUGGCCUCCUCACACACCUGCUCCGAGCUGAAUAUGGCACCUUCAGCCUGGCAAAGACAGAUGAAAACGUGAACCUCCUAAAAAUGUUAUGGGCUCAGUGGAAUCACUGUGUCAAUGAUCUGUCUACUCCAGUACUAGUGCUGGCACUUCUAGGCAUUUUACUGUCUUUGUGGAACAGACCGCGCUGUAUUUUUAUCUGCUUGAUUGUCACUAUGGUGAGCAUCUACUCCGUGUUCUUUGCCUGGAGAGCAAACCUGAAUAUCGAGAAGCCUCUUGGAGUGGUGGAGCGCUUCUGGCUGCAGGCCGAUGCUGGGGUGUGUGUUCUGGCUGGUCUGGGUCUGAGCUGGGCCGUGUGUUGGCUGAAUGGGCGUCUGGGCUGGGGGACGCUGUGGAACACAGGAGCCUGGAUACUCACUGCAGGCCUCAUCUCACACGUGAUCAGCUUAAACCACAAAGAGUGUGAUCAGAGCGCUAAUGACGUGGUGGACAGGUUUGCCCGUGAGGUUGUGUUGUCACUGCCGGCGAGCUCGUUGGUUCUGACUCGUGGUGAUCUCUCAGGAAACACACUGCGCUACCUGCACUACUGCCAGGGUCUCCGGCCAGACCUCAGCCUAGUUGACCAGGAGAUGACGACGUAUAGCUGGUAUGUGGCAAAACUCCAGAAGCAUUUACCUGGAGUCACGUUUCCAGGGCGCUGGUGGGAUCCAAUCAACACCAUGGAAAAGAAAACAUUCAGCAUUGAGCAGUUUCUCAAGCACAAUGUGCACAGGCCAGUGUUUGCAUGUAUUGGCCUAACUGAGGGUGACCCCAGCUGGGAGAGGAGUUUCUCUUGUUGGCCCUGGGGCGUCUGUGAGCAGUUAGUACCUGUCAAAACCCCAUUUGACCCUGAUAAAUGGGCCCAAAAAACACUUGACCUUUACAACUGGAGCCAGCCACAUGACAGGUAGCACGAUUACUUGUGUUUGUGGUUUACUUAGGAAGU